AUUUGUGUGACUGGGAGCUGGUCCCGCCUCUGCAAUGGCUCCGAGCGACUGUGAACAGCUUCGCCGAGCAGUGAUCGUCCCUGGCAAUGGGGUGGGGGACGUGGAGCAUAGCAACUGGUACAAAUGGGUGAAGGAUAAUCUGAAUCAGAUUCCAGAUUUUCAGUGCUUGCUUCAAAACAUGCCAGACUCUCUUACAGCUCGAAAAACAAUAUGGCUUCCUUUUAUGGAAAAAACACUGCAGUGUGAUGAACAGACUGUUAUCAUUGGACACAGUUCUGGUGCUGUUGCAGCUAUGAGAUAUGCUGAGACACACAGAGUAUACGGUAUUAUAUUGGUAUCUGCAUAUACAUCUGAUCUUGGAGAUGCAAAUGAACGAGAAAGUGGAUAUUUCUGCAGUCCAUGGCAAUGGGAGAAGAUCAAAAGUAAUUGUAACCAUAUUGUUCAGUUUGGUUCAACCGAUGAUCCUUUCCUGCCAUGGUCUGAACAGCAAGAAGUAGCAGAUAGUCUUAAUGCAGAAUUACACCAGUUCUCAAACAGAGGGCACUUUCAGGAUGAAAAGUUUCCUGAAUUAAUAUCCGUUGUUCAUAAGAUGAUGAAAGCAAUUUUAUAGUUAGAAACCUUUUCAUUCAUAUGAGGUGAUUAUUGAUUAUUUUUGUUUUUUUUUCAAUGUGUUAAAUUUUAAAUUCUGAUGAAGCUAGUGGUUUUACUGCAAGAAGUACAUGGCUUGGAAUUCAGAAUAAGUAUUUACAUU